GUAUACGUAAGUCGUGGAUUGUUACGUAUUUACUAUUAUGGACAUAUUGACAGUAAACCAGUAGAAGAUCUUGUAGUGUUUACAAAAAUUGUUUUAUAAAUAAAUAAGAAGUAAUUUUAUAAAGUUAUUAUUCCAAUUAAUUAAAAUGGCAAGUUCAGACGCUAUCCAAGUUAGCUCAUUACCUCUUCCGCCUAUGCAAUAUGUAAACCAAUAUACAGAUGAAGCUAUUAGACGUGGUAGGGCCCCAAAGCCACCACCUCCAAUACAAGAUACGUACCACAUGUUUGGAAAUGCAUUUAAUACUGAAGAAAAUAUUAUCAGGCCGCUUGAAAGUCAAGGAAUUAAAAGGUUAUACCCUCUUCAUUUUGAUAGAAGGCGAGAAUUAAAAAAAUUGAAUCAAUCUCUGUUAGCUAAUUUCUUAGAUUUAUUGGAUUUGUUGGUGAAGUGCCCUGAUUCACAACGCAGAGCUGAAAAGGUAGAAGAUUUAAGUUUAUUGUUUAUUCAUAUACAUCAUUUACUAAACGAAUUUAGACCACAUCAAGCAAGGGAAACUUUGAGGGUAAUGAUGGAAUUGCAAAAAAGACAGAGGAUAGAAACUGCAAAUAGAUUUCAAAAGCAUUUAGAUAAAGUAAUGGAUAUUCUUCAACAAGCUAUUCAAAAUUUACCAGAACCCAUGGAUUUAGACUCUAAAAUAAUGAUUGACACUGAUUUAUUAAUGAACCGUGAAAAUAAAGAUAAUUCAGAAAACAAUCAAGACCCUUGUUAUAUUUUGGACAGGGUUAUGUGCAGUAUCGUUGAUAAUAUGCAGUGACUUCAUUCUUGGUUUUUAUUAUUUUUGUAAAUAGUUUUGGUGUUUAGUUCUGUACAUAGUGUUGUGACUUGAUUUUUCAAGUGGGUUAAUUAUAUUGAAAUAAAUUAGUUUUUGGUAAAGCUUUUUUAAUUUUGUGGAUAUACAGGAAGAGGAAACAAUAAAUAGGUAAGCCAUUGUUACAUUGUUGUUAUUUUCCAUUUUCUAAGGUUCAUCUCACAUAAGGGCUUUUUCAGAAACAGUUAUUCUGGAUCAGUAGAUUGUAGAUCCUGAGAGGGAUAAAUUUAAAAUUCAACCUACAAAACCCUUUGAUUUUUAAGUAAAUUUUCGAAAGAUACUUGUUCAUUUUUAUAUUUUCAUAUUUAUUCUAACUUAUAUGAGGGUUGCUAUUUAAUUUAUAAGAUAUAGCAACACUGAUGUGAAUAUGUCAAAUCUAACAUUGCCAUCAUAAAGUUUGACAUUUUUAAUCAUAAAUGUUCUCAGAACAUGCUGUCAUAUGAGUGCCAUUUGAGUUGUUUACAGAUACUUGAAACAUUCAUAUUGGUCAAAAAAUUGAAUUAAAUCUCGUGCAAUGAUUUUCUAUGACUUUCUAAAAGCUCCUGACACUGUCUAUCAGUGUUCCAUCGUCGAAAGGACAUUGCUGACUUUUAGACUUUGCUUUUUCUAUUUUUCUUUUUAUGAGUUUUUAUAACCAAAGAACAAGGAUGUUGUUAACAAAACAUUAUCACCAAUACAGACUGUUCUGACGUAUUUUGGCUUAUAACCUUACAAGGGAAUUAAACUAAGAAGUUAAAAGUCGGCAAAUUAUAAUUUAAAUUUAUUGUUAAUUUUCUCCAUAAACUGAAAAUACCAUUUGAGUGUCUUUCAACUAGUAAUUUAAUUUGUUAGUUUAAAGUUUAUAUAUUUAUAAUUUUGGCUGCAUAAACCAAGGUUUAAUUGUUUUUAAGUAUUAUUAUUCUAUUGGGAUUUUUAAUUAAACAAAAGUAUAAAAAAUAAUUCUAAUCAUAGAAAUGAUUCACGUAUUUGUUUAUUAAUAAUUUGAAGUCAUUAAAACAUUAUACAUGAGGGUGUGCUUUAUAAGAAAUAUAAAUUGAACUUUAAAAAGUUAAAUUAUAUGGGAUCAAAAGUUUAUUUCAUGAGAAUUUGUUAUGGAAAUCACGUUUUCGCUGAAGGUAUUACAUAUUUUUGUAAAGGGCCGUAGAAAAUAAUAUCUAACAAUCAAUUCUCAAAUUAUAUUGUUGUAGGUAUUUGGAAAUAUGAAAAUAAGUUUGGUUUGACCCUUUUUUGCAAGUUGAAUAUAUACAUUAUUCCAAUGAAACACAAGUGAACGUUUUGGUUUUCACGAAGUAGUUUUUAAAAAACGAAAAUUCACUCAGAGACUUCAGUAUUAUUCUACAAAUACAUUAGUUGAAAAGCAAACAAUUAUAAUUAUGUAAGGUGUAUAAAUGCCGGCUGCGAUGUCAGCGGAUUCCGGUAUGUCAGGUCAUCAUAUUUUAGGACUUAACUCACACUAUAUAUCUUCUAGGUAUUUAAAAUGAUUGUAGAUAAAUUGCCAACAAUUACCAUUAAUAUUAAUUGAAGUAACAUGUUUAACGUUAAAAGUUUGAUAAGAAAUUGAAAUUGUAAAGUAAUAAAAUUAUUUAUAUUCAACCAUUAAUGAACGUUACUUGAAAGUGUUAGUCGGGGAUGGAUAUUAUUACAAUUAUUGGUAAGCAUCUCCAUUUUCAAAAAUUGUUUGAACCAUCUUUCAAAAUGACAGCACUUUAUUCUACAUUCUUUCCACAAUUAAAAUACAUAGGUUAUAGGUUAGAAAAAGUACAUAGUAUCAAAAUAAUGUACAAAUAAUUUUUAAGUUUAAAAUAGUUUAUUUAUGUAAUAAGUGUGUAAAGUAGCCUUGUUUCAACGAAUGUGAGCCUGCGGAUCAUCCGACAAAUACAUUAAUCUACAAAAGGCAUUUACACACGAAUUGCACACAAUAUUUUUUCCACUAGUUAAAAUUUUAAUAAAACAGAAGUAUAAUGGUAAUUUUUUUCAAGCACUAGAAGAUUAGAGCAAACUAACUAAACAACAGACGAAUUUAAUUACUUACACCGAUAAUACUAAAGAUGCCCUUUGUACAAUUAUCAACUUUGUCAACUCUUCUCUAUGACAUGCAAGAAUGCCAUUUAAAAAUAAUUAUUACUACAUAAGUAGAAAAAAAAAUUUGAAUGGGCGCGAUUUGAACCUGAGACCUCCCGCAUGUGAGGCUUGUACUCUAACCACUACGCUUCGGCGAACUAAGGUUACAUACAUUAGCCAGUACCUAAGUGGUAAAUUAUUUAUUGAAGACUAGUUAAAACUAUAUUCACAACACAAAAAAAAUGAGGAUCUAUUAAAUAGACGAAAAAAUUUAAAUUUUAAUAUUUUUUCCACUUUUAAAGUUAUCACGUAAUAUUUUCGUUGUACAAUAAUCUAGAAAAGUCUAAUAAUAUACGUCUUAAGUCCGACUAUCCAACUACUCAAUUGAAAUAUCUAUAAAAGUAAUUUACAUAUAUAGAUAAGAUGUUUUUUGUUAAUCUAUUUGCGAUAGAAAUUCGUCAUCAUUUGUUGUGAUGUGCCUAGAGUGGAUAUAUGGGUAUAAUAAUUUGUAAUUCUCACAGUUUUUGUCACAAAAAAAAUGUAUGGGGUAUUUAUUAAUCCUCUCAAUGUAAUUUUAGGUAUCACACAAAGAUGUAUCAGGAUUGUGAGAACAUGCUUAAGGACUUUUGGAGCUGAAAGACCCACGACAACUUUAUUAGUAGUUAUUAGUAUUUGCAUUGGUGUACUGCCAUUUGUUACAGCAACAGCCUUAAUACCGCUCAAAGUGAUAUUAGACCUAAGCAAUGCGUUAUCAACUAAAGGUUUUUUCUACGUAUUAUACUCCUUAAUCUUCCAAGUGUCCUUUUUAACAUUUCUUAUUUGUGGAUUAUUUAUGACUGCAUUUGCAUUGGCCUCUUGUUUAACAUUAUUACAUAAAUUUAAUCUUAUUGUCAAUCAUAAUUAAAUCUAUUAUGUUUUGUGACAUUUUGCUAAAUAAUGUUUUGUAGGUAUAUGAAUUUAUAAUAAAAAUUGUAUUUAUAUCA